AUGUACAAGCCAGCGCUUCAACUCACCUGCUGGGCUACGAUACGUCAUUCGCCAACCCUACUUUACUCCGCACGCGCACCUCUCAACACAUCCCUCGCCUCUACCGCCGGCCUCGAUGUGGGCUACUAUGCGCUGCGCUCUGAGCACCGCGAAGACGACGCCUGA